CUCCCUUUCACUGUAUAUCAGAGUCAACCUGUUAAAUGACUUGGAUAAAAAACAAUCGAUGCAUUGAAGGCAGAUGAGAGUCAAGAGUAUGGCGUCUGGUGGAACCGGGUCAGAAGAAUACAGACAGCAGGUGCUAUCUGUACAGGAGCUCUUCAAAGGACGAUUCCAAGAAAGGGAAAUUUUGGCUUUACUCAGAAGAUUUAAUUUUGACAAUGAUGAGACGGUUGAAUUUAUCAUGAACCAUGAACCGAAGGAAAUCCGAGAUUUGAUCCAAGAGGACAUGAAGGCAAAUGAGAGUUUUCUAUCCCGUUGCGACGAAGCGAAACGUUUGGACGUCCAAAAAAUGCGGAUUUCAUGCCGUGUUCGUCAGUUUGCUUGUCAGGGCUGCGACAACAUGUGGUGGAAAAACGUGCCCACGCGAAAGCCGGUAUCUGAGUGUAACAGAUGUCAUCAGAAGUUUGACCCCGUGCCCAAGGAGUACGAAUGGGGGCGAGCUAAAUUCUUAUGUCUCUGUGGAAACACCUUCACUGGUUUUUGUCAGAAAACGAACAGCAGUCAGUGUUACAAAUGUGGUGAGCAGGUGUUUCCAACCACCAUCCAUCCACCCAAGCGUGAACCAGGCCCUAGACGAAGUACAUACCAGCAUUCCUGUGAUGCCCCAGACUGUUCUUCCUCUCAUCCGCAUAACCCCACAAAGCGAGCGAGGCACCUGUGUGAUGCUCCCGACUGGUCUGAAAACUCGGCUGGUUCACGUGCACGAGAUUAUCCAGACAUCGACAAAGCACCACCGAAAACCUGCGUGAAAGCUAAAGUGAAGAAUGUGCUUUACCCCAGUAAUAUCCACGUCAACGGUGAUUCCACGGUCGCUUCCUUCCUGCCCGAUUCCAGCUACAGAAGGUCUGUGUUCCGUCUGGGCCCUGGUAUGCCUGACAUCGGCGAAGUCGUUGACGACAUGGGGUCCGACAGCGACUGAUACCUCGUGAGGUCAGAGAUGUAAAAAUCAUCCGCAAUUUACUUUGUAAAUCUUAGUUUGCACUCGUUGCGUGAAAGCUAAAGUGAAGAAUGUGCUUUACCCCAGUAAUAUCCACAUCAGCGGUUAUUCCACCCACAAUUUACUUUGUAAAUCUUAGUAUGCACUCAUUGAACGUGUACAGGUUACGUGUGGCACUGUGUGAACUAUAUUCAGUUAGUUCAUAGCGUAGUUUAUUCCCCAGUGUAAAGUAAGACAAUGUGUGAAGGAUCUACUAGACCUGAAGUGACAUGUUACCUUUUGAUACCUCGCAUUUUCCAUAUAAUAGCUUAAAUCUGGUGUAAGCUUCACUCCCUCUUCACUCGUAACGACCAUUUUGGUUGUUCACAAUGAGCAAGUGCAUGUAUACAUUUACUGUCAACUCAACUCAUUUUAAGGUUACUUGGUGUUUCAGCAUGUUGUGAAAAUACUGUAAAAUGUUCCAGCUGAAUAAUUAACUUUUCACUUUAUCAAGGAUCAUUUUUGAUUAAGUUAAGUUGGUGCUUUAUAAACUCCAAGAGAAAAGCUUUCACGUAAGCACAAAGGCUCCUGUUAAACAUUGUUAUUUUUCUAUUACUAUUGUUAUGAUUUUUGGUAUUUUUUCUGGGAAAUUAGUUUACAAUAAGGUUAAUAAUAGUUGUGCCAUCUCCCACUAUACGCUCAAUACCAAGCCUAAUACACAAGGGAACACGGGAUGUAUAAAGGUGCACAUGUACCAGUGAAUUUUUGAAAUAUUUCACAAAUCUUCUUUUUUUAGUAUACCAGAAU